UUUUCUUUUUUUAAUCCUACCUGCGCCAGAAAGCGCGGGGAGAAAUUAUUAUAUUAUAUAUUAAAAAUAUCGAAAUAUAUAUAUUUAAAAGGCCGGCACGAGCGCAGGUGCGCAUGGCUGCUCGCCUGACGUGAGGAGCCGGACCGGCCGCCGCCGCCAUGGAGCACAUCCGGAUGCCCAAGGUGGAAAAUGUACGGUUACUUGAUCGCUUAUCUUCAAGAAAAGCUGCAGUGGGAACCCUGUAUUUAACAGCUACUCAUGUCAUAUUUGUGGAGAAUGGUUCUGAAACUCGUAAAGAAACUUGGGUUUUACACAGCCAAAUUUCCUCCAUUGAGAAGCAGGCCACGACUGCCACAGGUUGCCCACUGCUGAUCCGCUGCAAGAACUUCCAGGUUAUCCAGCUGGUCAUCCCUCAGGAGCGAGACUGCCACGAUGUCUACAUCUCUCUAAUACGUCUGGCACGGCCAGUGAAAUAUGAAGAGCUGUAUUGCUUCUCAUUCAAUCCAAAAUUAGAUAAAGAAGAACGAGAGAAAGGCUGGAAGCUUGUGGACCUCAAUGAAGAAUAUAAUCGGAUGGGUAUUCCGAACAAUUACUGGCAGAUUAGUGAUGUAAACAGAGACUAUGGAGUCUGCGACUCCUAUCCUACAGAAGUGUAUGUACCAAAGUCUGCAACAGCACACAUCAUAGUGGGGAGCUCUAAAUUUCGGAGCCGAAGGCGUUUCCCAGCUCUUUCCUAUUACUGCAAGGAUAAUAAUGCCUCAAUAUGUAGGAGCAGCCAGCCUUUAUCUGGCUUUAGUGCUAGAUGCCUUGAAGAUGAGCAGAUGCUUCAGGCCAUCAGAAAAGCAAACCCAGGAAGUGAUUUCAUAUAUGUUGUUGACACUCGGCCCAAACUCAACGCAAUGGCAAACCGAGCAGCAGGGAAGGGAUAUGAAAAUGAAGACAACUACUCCAACAUAAAGUUUCAAUUCAUAGGCAUUGAGAACAUCCAUGUCAUGAGAAAUAGUCUGCAGAAAAUGCUUGAAGUUUGUGAAAUGAAAGCGCCUUCAAUGAGUGACUUCCUGUGGGGCCUUGAAAAUUCCGGCUGGCUGAAACAUAUCAAAGCCAUUAUGGAUGCUGGCAUCUUUAUUGCAAAGGCUGUGGCUGAGGAGGGUGUGAGUGUGCUUGUUCACUGCUCUGAUGGCUGGGAUAGAACAGCCCAGGUUUGCUCUGUAGCAAGCCUUCUUUUGGAUCCGCAUUACAGAACUAUGAAGGGAUUCAUGGUUCUAAUUGAAAAAGACUGGGUUUCCUUUGGUCACAAAUUUAACCACAGGUAUGGCAAUUUAGAUGGAGAUCCAAAGGAGAUAUCCCCUGUUAUUGACCAGUUCAUCGAGUGUGUCUGGCAGCUAAUGGAACAGUUUCCUUGUGCCUUUGAGUUCAAUGAGAGAUUCCUGAUUCACAUACAACAUCACAUCUAUUCCUGCCAGUUUGGUAAUUUCCUGUGUAACAGCCAGAAGGAGAGACGAGAGCUGAAAAUCCAAGAACGAACAUAUUCAUUGUGGGCUCACUUGUGGAAAAAUCGUGCAGAUUACCUCAAUCCUUUGUACAGACCAGAUCACAGUCAAACCCGAGGAACCCUGCACCCACAGAUGGCUCCCUGCAACUUCUUGUACAAAUUCUGGAGUGGUAUGUACAACCGCUUUGAAAAGGGGCUGCAUCCUCGACAGUCAGUCACUGAUUAUCUGAUGGCAGUGAAGGAGGAGACUCAACAGCUGGAAGAAGAGCUGGCAGUCUUAGGAGAGAGACUGGCAAAUCUUCAAAAAUUGCAAUUAAAUGGUAAUACAGUCAGUAAGCAGCAAGACCGAAGCAAGGAGUUAGUGCUUUCUGCUUUCAACAACAGCUUAGCUAACACUCCCCAAGAGUACAGCAAUGAUCUGAAAUCAUUCCCAUCCCGGAGCCCUUCACAAGGGGAUGAAGAAGAUUCAGCUUUGAUUUUGACACAGGACAACCUGAAAAGCUCUGAUCCUGACCUCUCAGCUAACAGUGACCAAGAGUCUGGGGUGGAAGACUUAAGCUGUAGGUCCCCAAGUGGGGGUGGCUGCUUGCCUAGUGAAGACAGUGGCAAGGAUUCAGAUGAAGCUGUAUGCCUGGCAGUCUGAAAUGCCAUUGCAGCAGCAAGGAUCUAGAUGCAGCUGAGUCCUUCAUGGUCUGGAGUGACAACUUUUAAGAAGUUUGAAGAAUGGGAAUUGUCUGUGGCCUGAAGAAAUAAUCCAAAGAAAGGGAACUGUGCAAUUAUGUAAGUAAAGACUAAGCAGAACAAGCCACUAUUAGUUUUAAGACAUAAUGCUAACAAAAGGUAAUCUCUGAUGUUAUGAAUAUUUAUUUAAGCCAGUGUGGUGUUUCUUUUCACUUUAUCAAUGCUGCACAUAGUUAUUCCUUAUUCUGUACAUUUCCAUAAUUAUUUAUUAUACAAAAUAAUAGUUAUUCUCCAAAAAUACGAAAUUCCAAAGCACUCUAUAUAUGGACAAAGUUGAAGAUUCAUUAGCAUUAGGCUUACUGGUGAAUUAGUCAAAACUUAUUUUUAUAGUUUUUUUGCCUUUGGACAUACAGUAUAUAUAUAUAUUUUUUUUUUUCCCCAUGAGCAGUGUUAUUUUUUUGAACUCCAACAACUAUUUUCCAUUCUCUCCUACUACAAGCCCUUUAAGGCAAUGUAAACCUGGCAAACGAACAUGCUUGCUUAAGGGAACGAAUGCAGCACUGAGCUCAAAGUUGUAUUAAUUAGUAAGCAGCAGCUGCUGCACAUGACUGCAUCCCAUUUAUACUUGAUUCUCAGCUAGCCCUGAAAGUUCAGAAAUUUCUGUGAGCAAAACUUCAAUCAGUUUAACAAUACUUAAAACAAUCUUUGUGGCAAAGAAUUUCUUUAAAAUGAAAGAUGUUAGGCCGUAAAAUUCUAAACGUAAUAAAAAUCCUGUGUCUCAGUUUAUUUUGCCUCCUAUUCAUCAAUGUUAUUUCAGUGGGAGUAAGACACAUACACUGUACAGCCGAUAAGGUGUCCAAACUCACUCAUAAAAAUCAUCUAUGAAAGCACUGCUCUAAAUUCAGAAUUAAAGAAAGGUUACUGCCAUACAGUAAUUCCUAUGAAGAAUAUUUCUUCCAAAUUUUACUGUUCAAAAUACAAAACCAAGAUGUUUUUAUCUGCACACAAAAUUUCUCCUUUUAGCAUUUGCCAACCUCAAAAGAGCAUAGCAAUGCUAAUUUAAGAAAAUGACUAAUUCAAAGAAUUUUUUCUUUUCUAAUAUUAAAGAUGGAGUAGAACAGCACAAUGGAAAAUAAAACUGCAAGUUUAGUUUUAUAAUUUUCAACAGUAGGUACAAUAGUUUUCUUAAUCACAGAUAUAGAAGUAAACCACUUAGGAUGUUUUGAAACACACUAAAAGGCCUCCAGAGCAAGCUGUAGUGUUUCCAAGUCUUUUUUUCCCCCCUCCUAUUAAAGCAAGCAGUUAAAAAUAUAAUUCUUGUGUCUGCUCCUACUGGCUUGGAGGCAAUGAUGUGGUAACGAGCUCCAGUAAAGCAAAGCACGGUAGUAACCUAAGUUUACUUUGAUUGCACUUUGUACUUCUCCUUGAAGUACAGAUUUACGGGCUGAAUUAUAUAAAUAUACCUCAAUUUAGAAGCUUCAGAUUUUAUUAGUACAUUUGCUUUUGUGGGAUGUCCUUUCAUUUUGUUCUAAGAACUUCUUAUUAAAAAUGAGUAGCUAAACUUCAGUAUUAUUAAUAUCCUCUUAAGGAAGUAACUGUUUCUGAACAGCGAGAUUUAUCUUACUGUUGUGUUGGGGAGGCCAGUCCUCAAUUUGAUAAAUCACUGUCAUUCAAUUAAAAAUAGGGCUUUGAUAAAUCACACGCUGCUGAGAAUCUACAGCCUUCUAGUUUUUAAUCUUCAUGGCUUUUUAAUAAAUGAAUAUCCUGAUUUUAAUUGUACUUUUAAAAAUAUUUCAUAUUUUGAACGUAGCCUGUCAAAUUUACAGUAUUAAAAGAGGUUUUGAAUUGGUUUUCUCAAAGUAAAGAAACAUGCUGUGAAGUCAGCAUUGAAAACAGUACUUGUACAACUUUUCUUCCUAAAAAUGAGUUUGAGACUGGGUGAUAUUAUUUCACAUCUUUAAAAUGUAGAAUUGUAUAUCAUGGUAUUGUACCGUAUUAGACAUGCCUAGAAACAAAUGCAGAACAGGAAUAUAUGCAAACUUAAAGUACUAUCUUCAUGUCGCUUAUGCAAUUCCUUGUAACUAGCUUUACACCUGAAAUAUUGACAUACUAACUUUUAAAUGAAGUUUCUGCUUAGCAGUCUGCUGUGAUGCGUCUUUGAAUCCUUGGAAUUUUGCAUUAAUUACUAUUGUUUUCAUUGCAAUGUUAUGUAUUUGUGACAUUAUCAGUGGUGAGAAACACUUCCAAAUAAAUACUUAGGUCAUGUACAGAUUGUUACGUUAUUUCAUAAUCCUGGAUGAAAUUAAGGUUUGCCCUCCUGAUUUUUGUAAUACGAUUCUUCAGGCAUUUUGUCACUGAGGUCAAGGUGGCUUUUUGUUUUUCACACUUGAAUCAAGUUGUUUAAGCUGCUAUCAAUUGACUUGAGUUUCUUACAUGGCAAUCUGUUACAUCCCUUCAAUUUUUCUAGGGAAUGCAGAAUACAAAGGGUGUGAAAACCACACUAUGAACUACUACAAAGCUAGUAAAUUGGUAAUUGAUUCUGAAAAGCUGAGAAAUAAGAUGAAAAAAGUUGGAGGGAACAGCUUAGAGGGAAGGAUCUCACCAAAAGCAAGGAAGAGGGAGGAAAGCUCUUCCUUAAAUUAAGUGAGGGGGCAAACUACGUUCUUCGAAGGUAAGGUCAAGUAAGUUUACAUAGGAAGAAAAGAUGUUUGUUAACACAAAUAAUACAAUAAUUAAAACGGAAAUAACAAAGAAGUGGCCUUUGUCAAGAAGAUAAGAAUUUCGCCAGGAGUACAGCAAACCUGUAUUGAGAAAGGCCAGAAACAUUGCCAGAGAGCUGGGAGACAGAAAAGAAUACUAAAAUAAGCAUUUAACUUAUAUUAUUUUUGACUGCCAAUAAGGCACCAGAAGCCAGCAAAUAAUACUAUUUUAAAAUUUAUUGGUUUUCUAAUACAAAGCAUUCUAUAGAAGAAUUUAACUAAACUUUAUUGAUUCACUAGAACCGGUGACUGAAUUGAAGCAAGGACUGACUUGUUCUUAAGUCUACUGGUUGCUGAAGUAUUCUGAGCCAUGUACUGUUUUCAGUGACUAAAAAUUGCAGUCAUUUUCUUACGGUGUUAUGGUAUUCGCUUAUUACCGGUAUACAGGCUGUCUUUGUACCUUAUUACUAUAUAUAAAUUUGGUCUCUAUGGCUAUCUGACCAAGCCAAAACAUUUAAAAAAGCAUUAACUAGAGCUGCAGUAUGGGUUUUCAAAACCUAU